AUGAAGUAUAUUGCUUUACUUCUCAUUAUGCUCUCUUGCUGCGCCGCAGCAGAUACCAUUACAGGUAUUUCUUUCUCGGAACUUAAUAUUGAGGCUGUCACAGGUUCCCAGAAAUAUCCUCACCAGGGGUGGACUGCCAAAUUUGAUUAUCACAUCGAAGACGCCAGCAAAAUUAAUCCCACGGACUACUUCACGAUUGCAAUGCCUAGCGUCUACAAAAUUAAAUUUGACAAUAACCAAAAUCAAUUCCAUGUUGGACUCCAUGGAAAGGAUAUCUUCAAAUGUUACGCUUUGCAGCAGGCAGCAUAUAUCCACGAGGAUACUGUACUAAAAUGUGAAGCCCUUGGAGAUAUGUCUGAACAUAAAAAGAUCGAUGGUACCAUUUCUUUGACGCUUGUUUUCAGUGACGGCGGUUCUAUCUUUGCUCAUGAAUAUAAAAAUGCAGCAAGGUUCCGUGCAGGCGCCAAUGAAGUGAGUUUUGAUGGCAAACUGAAGGGGAAAUUCGAAGCAGAGAGUGUCCAACAUACAGAUGGUUUCUAUUAUUCCGGGAAAACCAGUACCUACAAUUCUUUGGAACUGUAUUAUCUUGGCUUCAACUGUCCGAGCGGAUAUGCGUUGAAUUCCAGCCAUGAAAUCGAAUACGACAAGUCGCACCCUAUUGACUGCAGUAAGCUACAGGUGUUUAAGUCAAAGAGAUUCAAUGACUGGCUGCUGCCACUAGAUUAUGAAACUUUGGAGGAACCAAUUGAAUGUACUGGUAAUAUGGUCAAAAUAGUUCAGGGAGAACUAGGGCCCGGAUAUCGCGUGUGGGCUAAUGUUUUACAAAGUCUGGAUGCCGAAACUGUUACCAUCAGUAAUACAAUUCACUUCGACUACACUUGUACAGAUACCAAUGCAGGCACAACAUAUACAACCACCACCAAGCAUACGCCGGUUGUUGUUAUAACCGAAGGAAUAUUCACCGGUACCGCAAGUGAACCCCCUGUCGCCCCUCAUAAAAUAGUGACCAAGACUGUUUGCACGCAAUGUCCUACAUCUGAGGUCUCCAGUAUUCCUAGCAAACACAAGCCAUCAUAUGUAACAUUGACCAAGACGGAAUGCACUCUCUGCUCAGGCCAAGCAUCUACUAUUUCUACUCAACCAUCGGUAUCGACGUCUCCACAGAUAGAGACAGAAUGCACCAGCAAGUAUCCUUCAAAUGUCGACAAUAAAUCUAAGAGCCCUUCUGUUACUAAGAGCACCACCAUUUCAUCCAAUACCCAGAUUCCAAUUCUGACAACAUUUUCGAGCACGAUCACGCCGACGACCAAGAGCACAUACAACACUGCGGUGACCAUCUCUUCCCGUCCGACAUCUUCUAGCACGAUCACAUCGACCACCGAGAGCACAUAUAACACUGCGGCGACCAAGUCUUCCAAUCAGGCAUCUUCGCCUAGCAGCACUGAGCCCAGCACAUACAACACUGCGGUGACCAAGUCUUCCAGUAAGGCACCUUCGCCCAGCAGCACUGAGCCCAGCACUACGAGGGCUUCAUUUGCAUCGAAUGGGCCUUCGAGCAUUGGUAUUUCUUCUAAAGGUUCUCACUCGAGCACCAAUAGCACGUUCACUACCGCCAACAACCCUUCAACCCCAACGGUUCACACCAGCGGCGCCGAAACGAGCCCUUCCACUACUUAUCAUAGCAACACAUAUCGGCCUGUGAGUGAAAAGAAAGUCUCAACUAUUGAUGCACGUUCCACAAGCGUUCUGCCACACUCCGAAAAUACGCAGAAUACUACUACAGUUUUGACCACAAUCUGUGAGGGGGGUUGCUCUUUACAACCUACUACCUCUGUUAACCUUGGUAGCGCUUCAAGACCCAUUGCGAUUACUGAAAAAAGUUCCAGUGCGACUGUUAUAACCACUAAAACCACCAAAACCUCUUUCGACUCAGUAGUGCCGUCCCAUGCUGCUUCAACCCAUGAAGUUCCUUCUGUACAAACCUCUGUGACCACCUCCAGCAUAUUGAGGAAUUCAACUCUAACACUUACGGUACAGACAUGCAAGACAGAUUGCAAUGCAGCCAUUUCAUCCUCCAUCGAUAUGCAAGCUCAUACUAUUAUUAGCCCUAAUUCCAGUGUCCCAUCAAUGCUUUCCAUCAAAACGAGUGGCAGUUUAGUCAUUACGCAACCAACUGGCCCCACGCACGCUAUAGACUCGACGCCCAGAUCUAGCAGUACCAAAAUCACUGUUGCACCGGAAGUAUCAAGUUCUAUUACGAACCCAGGACAAGUAGGGUCCAGUAAUUCUGGAGCAACGCCUAUCCCCUCGAUUUCUACGCCACAUCAUAGUAGUCCGGUAGUUGACUCGGCCGGAAGCGGAUGCACGGGUACCACAAUGUUGACCGGGAUCAAUCAGCAACACACUGGCAAUGCAUCGACUAUUUCAAAUCCGACUAUCUCUCCAACCGGAAAUUCGCUACCUAAGCCCACAAACCAGCCUCAGAGCUCUCAUGAGUGCAAUUCCUCUUCUCCGCUGGUGAUCUCAAGUUUGGAGCACCAGGCUAGCACUAAGACCGUUUCAGAAUCUCUGUCGAGCACCCCUCAAAUUUCUAGUUCGCAUACCACCAGCCAGACACCGGAGCACGUCACAGUUAUCCCUGGCGGCAAAACCACCAGCCCUGUUCUGCCAUCGACUGCUGAGCGCACGGUCGCCUUUUCCUCGUUGCGUGCAUCAGAGGUUACUGAGAGCCUCCCGACACCAAAAGCAAACAUACCCGCGGCUUCCCUUUCGUCGGCAACGUCUAUUAACUCAACACACGCACCCAUUGUUUUCCACGGCGCUGCAGCUGAACACCAAGUGGGCCCUCUCUCACGGCUAGUCCUGCUUGUCGUCCCAUAUCUCUUUCUUUAA